CCCCAAUCUCAGUUCUUCUGGUUCAUGAUGUUCAUGAACUUUGAUCUUCCAAGUACCUAAUCAUUAUAUUUUGAAAGCGAUUGAUCAAACUAUUGCUCCGGUGGUGGAGUCUCAUCUUUCUUUCUCACUGAUUAAACACUUGCAGUUCCGUUAAUUUCCAAUUCGAAUUCCAAUGGAGAAGACAAGAGAAACAAACGCGCAGGAAAUAUGCUUCAUGUUCUUGUUUGUAUUCUUCUUGUGCUUUACUUGUGAUGGCUUCACGUAUGCCAAUGAGCAUGAAAUACUUUUAUCCAUCAAAGCAUCCGUCGAUGAUCCUUCGUCCUUCCUCUCCAACUGGAAGAACUCCUCUCUUUUUUGCACGUGGAAUGGCGUUUCAUGCAACUCCGACUCCACCUAUGUCACUGGAAUUGAUCUUUCUGGGAAGAAUCUAUAUGGGAGAAUCUCGGAAUCAUUAUUCAAGUUCCUGCAUGUUGAAACAAUCGAUCUCUCCAACAAUCAGCUCUCGGGUGGGAUUCCCGAAAAUGUUUUCUCUUGUUCUUCACUUGUUCAUCUCAACCUAAGCAACAACAACUUAACAGGUUGGAUUCCUGGAGGUUCCCUUCCAAUGCUUGAGAAGUUAGAUUUGUCAAAUAACUUCCUCGCCGGUGAAAUACCCACCGAAAUUGGAUCCUUCUCAGGGCUACUAUAUCUUGAUCUCGGUGGAAAUGCUUUGGUUGGCCAGAUUCCGAAGUCCAUCUCAAAUUUAACAAGGUUAAAAGAUUUAACUUUGGCAUCAAACCAACUUGAAGGUGGCGUACCUUCGGAGUUAGGGUAUAUGAAAAGCUUGACAUUCAUCUACUUGGGCUACAACAACUUAUCCGGUGGAAUCCCAAAAGAAAUCGGUGGGUUAAUCUUGUUAAAUCACCUCAAUCUUGCUUUUAACAACCUCACUGGUGAGAUCCCACCUUCACUUGGUAAUCUCACCAACCUUAACUACCUUUUCCUAUACUUCAACAAACUUACUGGUCCAAUUCCUAAGACGAUUUUUAGCCUCAAGAAGUUAGUGUCACUUGAUGUUAGUGACAAUUUCCUGUCAGGUGAAAUUCCCGAACUCGUUUCCGAGUUCCAAGAUUUAGAAGUCCUUCACUUGUUUUCAAAUAAUUUUUCUGGAAAAAUACCGAAAUCUCUAGCUUCUUUGUCUCAUCUCCAAGUCCUUCAACUAUGGUCCAACAAGUUUUCCGGUGAUAUUCCGGAGGAUCUUGGAAAAUACAACAAUCUGACUGUAUUAGACCUUUCUACCAACAAUCUUACCGGAAAUAUCCCUGAAAGCCUUUGUUAUUCCCGACAUCUCCAAAAACUCAUCCUCUUCUCCAAUUCCCUUGAAGGAGGCAUCCCUACAAGUUUGAGUCAUUGCAGGAGCUUAGAAAGGGUUCGUCUUCAAAACAAUAGAUUAUCCGGUCAUUUGUCGCCGGAGUUCACUACAUUACCCCUUGUUUACUUUCUUGACUUGUCGUCAAACUAUCUCUCUGGGGAAAUAAACCAAUGGAAAUGGAAAAUGCCGAAACUCCAAAUGCUGAGUUUGGCAAGAAACAGAUUCUCAGGAGAGUUGCCUGAUUCAUUCGGUAGCAUUAAGCUUGAGAAUUUGGACUUGUCCGAAAAUGAUUUUUCCGGUCAAAUUCCUCCGAGCUUUGGAAAAUUUUCCGAGUUAAUGGAAUUGAAAAUAAGCGAGAAUAGACUCUCAGGAGAAAUUCCUAAAGAAUUGUCGUCAUGCAAAAAGCUGGUGAGCGUCAACUUUAGUUACAAUCAUCUUACAGGUGAAAUCCCAGAAACCCUUUCAAGGUUGCCAGUUCUAGGAAAUCUUGAUCUGUCGAUGAACAAACUUUCCGGUGAAAUCCCGGAAAACCUUGGGAAUGUGGAAUCUCUCGUUCAAGUAAACAUAUCUCACAACCAUUUCCGUGGCAAAUUACCUUCAACAGGAGUAUUUUUGGCUAUCAAUUCCACUGCUGUCUUAGGAAAUAACUUAUGUGGGGGUGCUUCGGUCACCCAUUUACCACCAUGCAAGGAAAUUAGAAGCUACAACUGGUGGUUCUUUGGGACAGCUUUGGCAGCUGUCACAUUUGCUGCAAUGUCUAUUGUGGUCUUCAUCUAUAUUAAAAGAAGAAAGGAAGCUGAUGAAGAGGUGAUUAAGAGAAUGGAAAGCGCAUCAGAUGGAGGUGGGGAAUGGGAGUUGCUAUUCUUCGACCAGAAAGCUUCAACAUUUCUGGCGAUCGAUGACAUUCUGCUGUCUCUGAGAGGGCACAAGAGUGUGGUGGCAACGAAAAACAUGCAAUAUUUUGUCCAUGAAGUCGACCUCAAUAAUGAUCCCAUCCUCAAAAUUAAUGAGAUAAGCAAACUUCGGCAUCCAAACAUCAUCAAAAUCAUCUCAAUUUGCAAAUCGGAGAAAGGAAGAUUCAUUGUUGUUCAUGAAUAUGUUGAAGGGAAGAAACUAAAUGAAGUUAUGGAGGUGUUAGGUUGGGAAAGUCGAGUGAAGAUUGCCAUCGGAAUUGGGAAAGCUAUACGUUAUUUGCAUGGGUGUUGUUCACCGGCGGGUAUUCUUGUGGGUAAUGUUUCGCCGGAAAAUGUGGUGGUUAACGUGAAAGAUGAGGCCUGUCUAAGAUUAAAUCCUCCCGGGAUGAUUUUUUCCGACAACACUAAGUGUUUGGUUUCUUCAGCAUACAUUGCACCAGAGACAAAAGAUACCAAGGAGAUAACCAAGAGCAGUGACAUGUAUGGGUAUGGCCUCAUCCUCAUUGAGUUACUUACAGGAAAAACUCCCAUAGAUGCUGAGAUGGGUUUGCAUGAAAACCUAGUUGACUGGGCACGAUACUGCUACUCGGAUUGCCACCUGGAUACAUGGGUUGAUCCUUCACUUAAGGUACAAGUACUGAAGAACCCUAAUCAGACCGUUGAGAUAAUGAAUCUUGCCUUACAGUGCACAGAUAGUGAUCCUGCUGCGAGGCCAUGCGCUAGGGAUGUACUCAAAACUCUCGAGUCUAUAAUUAGGUGGUCAAGUGCUUUUUGUUUCUAGUUAGGUUUUAGUCAAGGUCGUGGGUAAUUCUAUAAUUUAUUUUUAUUUUUAUUUUUCACUUUUUGGUUCUCUUUUACUAUGAGGUCUUUGCUUGAGUGGU